ACAAAACACGUGUCCUUAAAUUAUGAUCAACAAACAGUGCAACGUAUGCAAAACACCAAAUACUAUUUGGUAGGUAUUGGGCAUAGACCGUAUAUCUUUAUAUACAGUCUUUAUGAUAUUGGGGGUUAUUUUUCUUUGUAGCGGAACCUUUCUGUGGAGACAACGUUUCCGCGGCGGACAGUUUUACCCGACGGACCCUCGUAUGUUUACACGUGAGGUUUGUGCAGACCUCACUUUAAAAUGGGAAAACUGAGGAAGAAACACAACUGGAGGGGAAGACAAAAAAGUGACCCUCAACAACCAGCAGGUGAAGAGAAGACAGAAAUUGUGGUGGAGCUGCAAGAUGGGGGCAGGCUAAAAGGUGUGGACGAGAGCAACGCUUUGGUCCUCCCAGCCAACAAAGCCAAGAAGAAGAAAGCCUCAGUGACACCUGUGUCCACCAAAAAGCCCCUCACCAAGAAGCAGAGGAAAGAGCUGCAGAAGGUCCUGGAGCGCAAGGAAAAGAAAGCUCAGAGAGCAGACAUCCUGACCAAACUAGCUGAGGUGCAACUUCCAGAGUCUGAACUGAAGCUGCUGUACACCACGUCCAAACUGGGAACAGGAGACAAACUUUACCAGACUAAACAGUCAUCAGAUGAAAUUAAAGAUGAAGACUCGGGUCCAAAGAUCAGCAGCGUCAGUGGAGCGAACAGAAAAAGAAAAUGGAAAGACGACGAGGACGUAGAAGAGGAACAAAAGGCAGAAGAAAGUAUUGAUCUGGACACCUCGUCUGAUGAUGAUGAGGAGGAUGAAGACGUGAAUGAGACCACGGAGAUGAGUGAAUCUAAGGAAACCACCUCUCCAUGUCAGGAGACAGAGAACAAACAGGAAGUGAAGGGAGAACAACACAAAACGGAGCAAGAUGGACAGAAUGAGAAGAAGAUCACAGAUCAGGAGAAAGUCCCAAACAAGAAGCCGUCGCAGCCGGCUAUCUUCGUUCCUGUUGACAGAUUACCAGAAAUACAGGAGGCUCGUCUGAAGCUGCCCGUUCUGGCAGAGGAGCAGGUCAUCAUGGAGGCAGUGAGAGAAAAUCCCUGUGUCGUCAUCUGUGGAGAGACAGGAAGUGGAAAGACCACUCAAGUGCCUCAGUUUCUGUAUGAAGCCGGCUAUGCCAGUGGCAGUGGGAUAAUAGGUAUCACAGAGCCAAGAAGAGUAGCAGCUGUCAGCAUGUCCCACAGAGUGGCCAAAGAGAUGAACCUGUCCACGCGGGUGGUGUCGUACCAGAUUCGAUAUGAAGGGAACGUGACCAGCGACACCAAGAUCAAGUUCAUGACAGAUGGUGUUCUACUGAAGGAGAUUCAGAAGGAUUUCCUGCUCCAGAGAUACAGUGUGAUAAUCAUAGACGAGGCUCAUGAGAGGAGUGUGUACACAGAUAUCCUCAUUGGACUGUUGUCUCGUAUUGUCCCGCUCAGAAACAAGAAAGGUAUGCCCAUGAAGUUGCUGGUCAUGUCAGCUACUCUGCGAGUGGAGGACUUCACAGAGAACACGAAGCUGUUUCAGAUGCCUCCGCCCGUCAUCAAGGUGGACGCUCGCCAGUUCCCGGUCACUAUACAUUUCAACAAACGCACCCCGCUGGAUGAUUACACCGGGGAAGUUUUCCACAAAAUCUGCAAGAUCCACCGGAUGCUGCCUCCAGGUGGUAUCCUGGUGUUUCUGACCGGUCAGGCAGAGGUUCACAGUCUGUGCAGAAGACUGAGAAAAGCUUUCCCCUACAGAAGGUGUAACACAACCACUGGUGAAGACGAGGAAGCAGACACCUCAGAGGCGAUAAGGAAGUUUAAGAAGGCCAAACAGAAGAAGACUGUAUCUCUGCCCCGAAUCGACUUGGAUAACUACUCUGCCCUCCCAGUGGAUGAAGGGGACGAGGACAGAGAGGCUGGGAUCGGAGACGAGGAGGAAGAAGGCUCUGACCUGGAGAUCGGAGACGAUCCCGCCAAUGCAGAGGAGAAGGCUGACCCCUCCAUUCCUCUCUAUGUUCUCCCUCUGUACUCUCUGUUGGCUCCAGAGCAGCAGGCUAAGGUGUUCAGGCCGCCUCCUCCUGGUACUCGCCUGUGUGUGGUAGCCACCAACGUGGCCGAGACGUCUCUGACCAUCCCUGGCAUCAAGUACGUGGUCGACUGCGGUCGAGUUAAGAAACGUUUCUACGACAGAGUGACCGGUGUGUCGUCCUUCAAGGUCACAUGGACCUCACAGGCCUCAGCCAAUCAGAGGGCGGGUAGAGCGGGACGAACAGAGCCGGGACACUGCUACAGGUUGUACUCGUCUGCAGUAUUUGGAGACUUCAGUUUGUUCUCGGAGGCAGAGAUCACUCGCAGGCCUGUGGAAGACCUGGUUUUACAGAUGAAGGACCUCAACAUAGAUAAGGUGGUCAAUUUUCCCUUUCCCACGUCUCCCUCUGCUGAGGCUCUCGUUGCAGCGGAGCAGUUGUUAGUCUCGUUGGGAGCUCUGCAAGAGCCGCCUCGCACUGGAAGUGUGAAAGAGAUGGAGCGAGCAAGGCUGAGCUGUCCCAUCACCCCCCUGGGCAGAGCAAUGGCUUCAUUCCCUGUGGCACCGCGUUAUGCUAAAAUGUUAGCUCUCGGUAAACAGCAGGAUUGCCUGCCCUACAUCAUUGCUGUGGUAGCAGCCAUGACAGUCCGGGAGCUCUUCGAAGACCUUGACAGACCUGCAGGUAGUGAAGAUGAGAGCUCCAAGCUCGCCCAGCGCCGAGCUCGGCUGACCCAAAUGCGGAGGUUGUGGGCUGGGCAAGGAGCAUCGCUCCAGCUGGGGGACCUCAUGGUCAUGCUGGGUGCUGUUGGUGCUUGUGAAUAUGCUGGUUGUACUCCUAAGUUUUGCGAGGAGAACGGCAUGAGGUAUAAAGCCAUGGUGGAGAUCAGGAGGCUCAGAGGACAACUUACCAACGCAGUGAACGCAGUGUGUCCAGAGGUGGGAGUAUUUGUGAAUCCCAAGAUGACUCCACCGACAGAGCACCAGGUGGUUUGCUUGCGGCAGAUUGUUCUGGCCGGACUGGGAGACCAUCUUGCAAGGCGUGUACAGGCAGAAGAUAUACUGGACCCAAAAUGGAAGAAUGGAUACAAAACGCCUCUUAUGGACGAGCCGGUGUUCAUUCAUCCCACCUCUGCGCUGUUCAAAACGCUGCCGGAGUUUGUUGUCUACCAAGAGAUCAUGGAGACUACCAAGAUGUACAUGAGAGGUGUGUCAGCAGUAGAAGCAGAGUGGGUCCCCCAGCUUCUACCCCAGUAUUGUCAUUUCGGCUCGCCUCUGGAUUCGCCGUCACCGUGGUUCUGUUCGUCCACUGGCUCCAUCAAAUGUCAUCGUUCAAGCACCUUCUUCCGUGUAGCUUGGCAGCUGCCAGCAGUGGAGAUGGACUAUCCAGACGGCCUGGAGCGUUACAAGCUGUUUGCCAAGUUUCUGCUUGAGGGACAGGUUUGUCCUAAACUGAAGAAACACAGCAGCAACCUUCUCUCAAACCCCUCCAUCAUGCUGAAAACAUGGGCAAAGCUGCAGCCCAGGACGGAGGCUUUGCUGGGAGUGCUGGUGUCAAAGAGGGUUGACUGCAGAGAUGCCCUCCUCUCUGUCUGGAAAACUGAAGAUAAAUUUCUGUUGUCUGCAUACUGUCAGUGGUUACCUGAAGCCAUGCAUCAAGAAGUAGCCAAAAGUUGGCCUCCGAUAUGAAGGCUUACAUCUGAAAAGAAGGCAGAAAAUGAUAUGACACACUUGACCAGAGACCUAUGUUGACCUACAGAUCCGUAGAACUCCCUUCUUUACCAUCAGAGGGCUUCUUCACACCUGCUCAUUUUUUAAAUAUUCUCCGAAAGUGCACAUACAAUACCACAACACUGCCUUUUCUCAGUUUUGUAUUUUAUAUACUGUAUCUAUGACUUGUACAGUUUUUUUUUUUUUUCAGCCAGAAAAAAAUUGAACUAGAGCUCUAUAAUGACAUUUAACUUGUUGUCAGUGUGCUGCUGUUAGUUAUGUAUGUCUGAUUUGGUCUUCAUAAGACUCAUUAAAACUGCAUGACUCUGAA